UGGGAGCAUCAACACUGCAAUGCCUUUCCUUAUUUCCAGGAAUAACAGCGCGUGCGCCAGCAACACCCAGAGCAAAAAAGGCAAAGAGCCCGCGGAAGAACCAACAUCACACCCAUCGAGACCUCAUGAUCAUGGAAAGAUCUUGCUCGGCCUCGGCACCUUGAUCCUCGAACUCUGGUUCGGUCAGCCUCUCGAGUCCCAGCCUUCAUGGGAAGCCAACUUUGGUCCCAAUGGCCAGGAAACGGAGUUCACCAAGUUCAACGCCGCAGCGACCUGGCAACGGAUGGUUGCGGAUCAUGGUGGACCGAUACUGCACAACAUUACUCGGCGAUGUAUUUACGGCAACUUCGGCUUGGCCACGCAAAACCUGGAAGACACUGAGCUGAUCAAGGCGGUUUAUGGGAAUGUCGUGAUGGAAUUGCAGAGGCUCUGUGACGCACUUUCCUGAUGGGAAAGCACAUGGCAGUGAC